ACCGCGCCGCUGUGUAGUAGCAGCAGCGCGAGCAGCAGCGUCGGUUAGAUAUGGCGGCGGACCCGCACCCCGACUGGCUCGCCCGCCUGCCGUCUUCGUGGAGUUACGGAGUGACUCGGGACGGACGGAUAUUCUUCAUCAACGAAGAAGCCAAAAGUACAACCUGGCUGCAUCCCGUUACCGGAGAGGCCGUCAUCACCGGCCACCGGAACACGCCAGAUCUACCGACGGGAUGGGAGGAAGGAUACACGUUCGAGGGCGCGCGCUGCUUCAUCAAGUAAGAGACCCUAUCCAUGUUGAUGUUACGUUUAUGUUUUCAUGAUCCGUUCUGCUAUAUCCGCUACGUCUUCUACUGUACGGAGGGGAUGUCCUUUGUUUAUACUUUGUGGUCGCCUGGACGGGGUCAUUCCAAGAAU